AUGGAACCCGAAAACAAUCUAUCUAUCUAUCUAUCUAUCUAUCUAUCUAUCUAUCUAUCUAUUCAUAUCUAUUUAUCUAUCUAUCUAUCUAUCUAUCUUUGUAUCUCAUUCUAUUCAUAUCUAUCAAUGUAUCUCAUUUUAUUCAUAUCUAUCUCUUUCUAUCCAUGUCUACCUCAUAUGUAUGUAUGUAUGUAUGUAUGUAUCUAUCUAUCUAUCUAUCUAUCUAUCUAUCUAUCUAUCUAUCUGAUUCUAUUUACAUCUGCCUAUCUCUCUAUCUAUCUAUCUAUCUAUCUAUCUAUCUAUCUAUCUAUCUAUCUCAUUCUAUUCAUAUCUAUCUAUCUAUCAAUUUAUUUCAUUUUAUUCAUAUCUAUCUCUUUCUAUCCAUAUCUACCUCAUUCUACUGAUAUCUAUCUAUCUCAUUCUAUUCAGAUCUAUCUUAUUCUGUUCAUGCAUAUCUAUCGCAGUUUCUUCAUAUCUAUCUAUCUAUCUAUCUAUCUAUCUAUCUAUCUAUCUAUCUAUCUAAAACCAUUAUCUCCCCCCCCACCACAUCUCUUGCUUGUUUCCUUUUCCCGGCAUAUUUUUCCGUUCCUCCUUCUUCUUCUGCCAUUCACUACUACCAUAAUCAUUCUUUUUUUCUUCAAUCCUUCCAUUUUGACUCCCACCAGUCACUCUCUCUCUCUCUCUCUCUCUCUCUCUCUUUCACCCCGCUCAUCAUCUCUCCAAAUCAUGAUUAAACUUUAUUUUUUGAUUAUUUCUUGUUUCCUUUCUUUCCGGACUGUCCUUCUUUUCUUCCUAACUCAAGCCGUCCCUUCUUCUGUGUCUCCUUGUAUUUCUUUCUCUCUGUUUUCUUCCUCCUUUUUUUUUAUUCCCCCGCCUCCUCUCCCCAGAUCGAUUAGAUCGAUUAGAUUCUUUUCAAUCUACACGAAACUUGUUAAAGAAGACGAAGAAGACUUUUCUUGUGGUUCAGUCGUUCAUGUUGAAUUUUCUUUCGGGUACUUACAGGAUUUAUUUAUUUACUACCAUCUUUACGUCUCCAUACUGCUUCUUUUUACUCUCUUUUAUUUCCCCUCUAUAUUUACUACAACCUUUCUCUUCUUCUUUGACCGUUUAUCGCUCUCUCUCUCUCUAUUCCACUUGGUCGCACUAGCUCUCCACUCCUUCCUCUCUAUUCAUUACAUUUCUAGAUUGCAACCUCUGUUGACGGUCUUCUCUUUCGCUUCUUGGCAGUUCUUUCUCGCUAUAAAUAACUCCUUCCACCCAUAUUUUCAGCUUCUGCUUAACAUCACGCUCAACACAUUUCCACCAUUCUUUCAUUAUUCUUUGCUUCGCUUAACGAAGAGACGACCGAUUAUUUUCUUCUUCCUUUUCUAUAUUCUUCGCUCGCUAGAGUUACCAGUUCCUCUCUUGACAAUAAACACUUCCAUCUUCUUUUCUUUCUUUCUUUCUUUCUUUCUUUCUUUCUUUCUUACAGGAGACAAUAAACAUUUCCAUCUUUCUUUCUUUCUUUCUUUCUUUCUUUCUUUCUUUCUUUCUUUCUUACAAGAGACAAUAAACACUUCCAUCUUCCCUUCUUUCUUUCUUUCUUUCUUUCUUUCUUUCUUUCUUUCUUUUUUUCUUACAGGAGACAAUAAACACUUCCAUUUUCCCUUCUUUCUUUCUUUCUUUUCUUUCUUUCUUUCUUUCUUUCUUUCUUUCUUUCUUACAGGAGACAAUAAACAUUUCCAUCUUCCUUUCUUUCUUUCUUUCUUUCUUUCUUUUUUUCUUACAAGAGACAAUAAACACUUCCAUCUUCCCUUCUUUCUUUCUUUCUUUCUUACAGGAGACAUUAAACACUUCCAUUUUCCCUUCUUUCUUUCUUUCUUUCUUUCUUACAGGAGACAAUAA